AUGGAUCAAAUUAAAGUCGAAAAUAUUCAAGAAGCGGACGUUGAAAUUGAUUCCAUUUCAAGUUCAGCUGAGACGGUUUCAAAUUCGAUUUCAAAGAAAAUAUUCGAGGAUAGCAAUCUCACUUUGAUACAGAACGAAGAACGAACGACACAGAGAACGGAAUUAAUAAAAAGUUCCGCGAAUGGGUCAAGUUCUGUCAAAAAUCCCGUUUAUCUCGAAUGGCAUGGCGUAAAUUAUUCGAUAUCAAAUCAAAACGAAAAUAAAAAAUUUUGGUCACACGGCUCGGAAAAUGAAAAAUCCGAUAUAGAAAUCGGUAAUAAUUUUCAAUCAAUUAUAGAGAACAUUCACGGUUGUGCCAAUCCAGGCGAAAUUCUCGCAAUUAUGGGACCUUCCGGUUGUGGAAAAACCACGUUAUUAAAUCUUCUUGGAGAUCGGGUGGGAAGCAAAGGGGUUCAGGGAACGAUAAAUAUGAAUGGUCAUAAACCAACAAAGAAUUCAAAGAGGUUUGUCGCAUAUUGUACUCAAGAUGACAUAUUUUUCCCUCAGUUGACCGUACGAGACACCCUUGGUUACACCGCUCGAUUGCGUCUUCCACGUUCAAUGUCACGACAAGAUAAAUUAAAGCAAGUCGAAAAUGCUAUGCAAUUAUUGCAUUUGACAAAGGUUGCUGAUUCAAAGAUCGGAGACCACCGAGUUCGUGGCGUCUCAGGAGGAGAGAGAAAGCGAGUUAGCAUUGCAUCUGAACUAUUAACGGAUCCAAGUGUCAUUUUACUAGAUGAACCAACGUCUGGUCUAGAACUAGCCGUUAAACAAAGAAAAACCAUUGUUAUGGUUAUUCAUCAGCCUUCAUCUCAAGUAUUUGACGUUUUCGAUAAAUUAAUGUUAAUGGCCGAUGGACAUAUGGUUUACUUUGGAGAAAGAGCUGGUAUUGUGAAUUAUCUUACUAAUCAAGGUCACAAAUGCCAUCCAAACUUCAAUCCUGCCGAUUAUAUACUGGAACUUUUGAACAAUAAUGACAUCAAGAAGAAAUUAAUUAAUGCAUACGCAAACCAAGUUAAAGAUGAUCCAACUGGAAAACAAAUCGUCGAAAAAUAUUCUCAUAGGGCAAAUAAUGUUUAUAAAUCAACAGAUGAUAACAUAAUAAAUGCUCCUGUCAAAAGUGAACAUCGUUGGGAGGCUACAUUCUUGCAACAACUUUCAAUUCUAACCGAAAGAACCUUCAAACAAAGGAAAGAAGAACAUAUAGCUGAUCGUGUUGGGAAUCUCUUCUUUACAAGUGUAUUUUGGUCAUUUCAUCCAUUAAUGUCAGCUUUAUCUGCUUUUGCAUUAGAUUUAGAUAUGCUGUCAAAAGAACGUCAAUCACGUUCUUAUCGUUUAUUAUCAUACUUUUUAUCAAAGCAAAUAGCUGAAUUGCCUUUAAGUUUAGCCCAUCCUGCAGCGUUUACCAUUAUAGUUUAUUGGGUUACUGGUUUAUUACCAGAUUUUGGUAGAUUCGUAGCUCACUUAUUUGUAAUUUUACUUUCCACGUUAACGGCUCAAAGUUUUGGUUAUUUCUUUGGAGCCACUUUGUUAAAUGUACAAAAAAGCAUGAGUGUCAGUACGGUAUUUAUGCUUUCGACCAUGUUAUUAGGUGGUUUUUACGUGAAAAAUUUACCAUUUUUUUUGAUUUGGUUAAAAUACUUUUCAUUCUCAAAAUAUUCAUAUGGUUUGAUCAUGCAAAUUCAAUUUGAAACACCGAAAGCGAUAUUUGAAUGUGCUUCGCCAUCAUCAACAUUAUUACAAGCAAGUUUAUGUAAAACCGAAAAUUUACAAACCAAUUAUAUUCCCGGUAGUAUGAUAUUGGAGAGUGAAAAGUUAAAUGACGUACCUUGGUUUGCUAAUUUAUUGAUUUUAUUCGGAUUUUGUAUUCUUAUGCGCGUUUUGGCAUAUUUUUCUUUACAAAAGAACACUAAAAGGAGAAAACGAUAA